GGUAAAUCAGCUUGUGUGCCAUAAGGGUCUUUGAGAGUUAGGCGUUGCUGCUAGUUUUUUACUUUGUGCAAUACAGCUGGUGGCUCUCUUGUUGAGUGGCAUUUAUCUUGGCCAUCUGCAGUGUGUCCUCCUCCUCCUCAUUGUCAUCAUGUCUUCUGCUGAAGAGGAGACAAAGACAGCGAGCCCCGAGAGCACAGAAGAGGAGCAUUGGUGUGUCCUGAAAAAGGUGUCUGAUCUGCCCCUGGUCAGUUCCACCUAUGAGAUGGUUUCUGCUUCUUACACAUCUGCCAAGGAGUCCCACCCAGCCAUCCAGGCAGUUUGUGAUAUGGCAGAAGUAGGAGUGAAGGCUAUUGCUACAACAGCAGCCAGUGGGGCACAACCUCUCCUGGAUAAACUUGAACCACAAAUUGCUGUGGUGGACAAUAUUGCCUGCAAAUCUCUGGACAAGUUGCAAGAGACAUUGCCUGUUGUGCAGCAGGCUGUGGAAAAGGUAAUGGCCAUAACUUCAGAGGAGAAAGCAACAAUGCCUUCAAGUCUUGCUUUUAUGUUCCGUGUCACAGCUUUGAAAACUCUCUUCCAGAUAAAGUAUACCAAGAGGUCCGUGGAUCAGAAAGUUCAGGACAAGCUGCAGCGGAUGUGGCAGGAGUGGAUUAAAGGCCAGCCGAGCCAGACCAGUGAAGCCAAUCAGGUGGAGAUGGAAUCCCGGGCUCUGAAGAUCUCCCACAACAUUGCCCAGAAGAUGCAGGCUAACUGCUUGAAGCUCCUGGCUGACAUGCAAGGCCUCCCUGAUGCUCUCAAAGAGAAGGUCCAGCAGGCUCACAACAACAUGGAGGAGUUGCAGGCUGCCCUCUCCAAGGCCAACUCCUUCGAGGACGUUCCCAGUGGCUUCCUGAAGGAGAGCCAAGAGAAGAUUGACAAGGCCCAGGCGGCUGUGCAAGAGGUCAUGGAGUAUGUGACCAAGAAUGCUCCCCUCACGUGGGUGGUUGGGCCCUUUUCUCCUGCAGGAGCCUCUUCGGGAGAGUCAGCAGAAAGAGAAGAGAACACAAAAGCAGCUGCCUAAAGGAACCCCUUCACCAGACUUAAGAGUUCUGCUGUGGAACUCCAGGUUCUCAUUGUCUACCUCUCAUAGACUCAAUUUGUAGCUUGUAAAGAUCACAGUGUAAACAAAGGCACGUAUAAGGAGUAAACGCUUCACUGCUGGUGGUAAAUGAAGUAGUCCUUGCACAUUCUUUAGACAGAUGAGGUGGCAGCGUGCUUCCCGAAGAGCAAGAGAUGUUUCCAACGGUCCUUUUAGAAGUCUGUGUAGGUUUAUUAAGGAACAUGUAUAAUGGGGUUCUUCCUUUGCACCAUUGCACAAUCAGGUUAUUUCACUGUCCAUCAAUCGGCUGUGCAGGGUGUGUCUGAUUUGUUGUGGCGUACACAGAUCUAGGCCUGGUAUAAGGGAGGCGAGUGCAGAUGGGAUGUGCUGUGUGUCUUUUAUACAUUGCAUUUUUGCAAAUAAAAUGUGAGUGCAGUGAAAA